AUGGCACACCGACAGGCCUCUCUGCUCACGAUCCCAUGCGAGCUUCGAAAUGCCAUCUACCUGCUCGUUUUCGAGAACGAGCGUUCAGAUUACCGAGGAGAGCACCCUCAAAAGCCAGAUGAGCUCGCAGUCGCGCUGGAGCUCGCUGCAGAGAGUACAUGUCCUCGGGCGAAGCGCAAUGGCAAUCAACUCGAUAUCCUACGCGUCUGCAAGCAGAUCCACGACGAAGCCCAUCUCCUAGCACUGUCCAUGACUUCUUUUAACGUCUCCGGCGAUGCCUCCUGGCCCGACCUAUUCGACCUGCGCUCGCGACCAUUGUCUGCGAGAAAGAUUGGCGCGAUCAAGCAUCUCACAUUGACCGCUCGCAUCAGUCAUUUGCGGCCAAUGAACGAAGCAUGGGCCGGGCUCCCAUUCGGUCAUCCCAGUCUAGACCUCGACACGUUGACAAUCCUACCAACGAGACCAGAUGUACACGCGCGUGCUCUGGCAGAAAUAGCAGACUUGUCGCAAUCGCACACGCUGGCAUACAUUUUGAGCGAGACUCUAAAGAGCUUGCGGAAAGUGAAGUGCGUGGAGGUCAGGAACGAGAUGAAGUUCAAUGAGGCGGUAUGGAAGCUCUUCUAUCGGAGCCUGGUAUACAGACUCUGGAGGUGGGGAGGCUACCGUUGUGGUGCUCGGUUCGAGACGGGCGAGACACAGCCUGGAGGAGCCGAGGUCGAGGCCAACAGGUGGUUCCGAGUUCACUUGCAGAAUGGGGAUAAUCGAGGUGUAGAGUGUGGUGAGGAGGUGGUCAGGCUGGUGGGCGACUCUGGUGAGCUGCCAGAUCCGAAUAUGGCCGGCGUUGGUCCUUGA